CUUCCCCGCGAUCCUGGCGGCGCCGCGGCCCGUGUGCGGCGCGGCGCUCGGGCCGCUCGGCUCGCUGUGGUCGGGGGGUCGAGCUGUGAGGGAGGCUAAUGCUAACUGCUCGGGCUCGUACUCGCUCGCUCCCGAGUCGAAUUUCCCGGUCCACCUUAAACGGCGCGUCAGACGUUACUGUAACGGCCGAGGCGCAGAGUGGGACUGCUGCACUGCUUAAGGUGGACCGGAACGUUGGAGCGAGAGGCUGAGCGCUUGUCCUGCGAGUCUCUUUAUAUUAGAUGUUAAAUGUGUUUUAACCGCUUAUUGGAAAUCAGGAGCGUCUCCUCCAACACGGGGGCUCGCUGAGACCCCCUGCCCCGCGGCUCGCCGAGACCCCCUGCCCCGGACCCGAGCCUUAUUUUAGCCCCUGGCUUUUCUGUAGCCAGUCUGUGGCAUUAACUGGCCUUUCCUGCCUAAUCCUCUGCCUCUCUGCCUCUCUGCCUCUCGCAGUGAAGCUGACGUGUUCUGGAUGCUUUACAGGGUCCAUUUCCUCGCUGAGAGGCUGACUUGCCUUUCUUUACCUCAGUCUAUCAUUUCUAUGGCUUCAGUUCUGACAGGCUGUGUUUUGGGUUGCCUUUACCCUCAUUUUUAAUUUUUUCUGUGCUUUUUUUCACUCUAAUCUUAUGACAUCAUUAUUUUAAACAAGAAGUUUCAUCAUCACUUCAGGAUCUAAUCCCGCCGGCCAUGCGGUGAGGACCCCUGACCCUGAGAGUCCUGCCUCUGUCCAUGGAUGCCGGUGCGGCAUCACAUCAGCUCACUCAAAGAUGGAGGACGGAAAAGCAGAAACCAGCGCGGCCCCUCAGCCGACCCCACCCACUGAAGACCCCACCCUGAACGCCGUAGGCUCCCACAAACCCGGAGAGCCGGAAAACUCACCCGCCGCAGAGAAAAUUCCCAAUGGUCAUGUCCGAGCAGAGCCGCUGGAGAACGGCGAGGCGUCGGAGCCUCCGGGAGCCGCAGGGGACCCUGCACGGCCCCCCACCAGCGCCCGGCCCGACCCAGGUGUGGCCUCUUUCCCUCACAGCCUAGAGAAGCCAGACGGCUCUGCUCACAAGAGCGACGCAUUGCAGUCACUCAGACUAAGUAUUCCAAUGCAGGAGACCGAAUUGUCCAGCGAACCGUCUCUGGAGAUGGAGAACGAGGAGAAGAUCCGCUUGGAGGCGCGGCGGCGCCUGGAGGAGCAGCUCAAGCAGUACCGCGUCCAGAGACACAAGGAGAGGUCUCAUCGCUCGACUGCGAAGUCCCGUCCCUUCAGCACUCUGGACCCAGAGCUCAUGCUGCAUCCUGAGGGUCUCCCAAGAGCCAGUACCGUCGCCAUGACGACAGAGUACUCCUUCCUGCGCACCAGCGUUCCUCGUGGGCCCAAACUUGGCAGCCUAGGGGGAAUCCCACCUGCCAAAGACAGGAAGUCCAAAUCGACCCGGUCCAACAAGAUCCACUCUCUAGCGGACUACCGGACACCGGAACCAGACACCAAAGCCUCCGAGAUGGCCACACCUUCCGUUUCCGUUUCCGCUGACACCUCGUUCGGCUCGGUCCAGUCCGCUGUCAGCUCCGUCUCCAUGGUUUCGGAGAUCAGCGUGAGCUCCGGACCCGAUGCCCCCCUGGAGUCGACCCGAACGAUCCGGGACAACGUGUCAGAGGUGGAUGGAAACGACAGCGACAGCUCGUCCUACAGCAGCGCCUCCGCUCCAUACGGCGUGCUGGCGCUAGCGGCCAGCAGGGCGGCGGCACCGUACACGGUGGAGGGCCGGGAGGUGGCAGCGGAGGCGGUGGGUCAGUUCCCCCCACUGAGGGACGUCCUUCAGGCGGCCAGCGAGGAGCAGCAGCAGCUGAUGGAGCUGGAGCAGGAGAGAGAGGGAACAGAGCCUCGCAGCCGCAGAGACAGCUUCUCCAGCAGUGUGUCGUAUGGAAGCUCAGUGAUGGGAACCCAUGAUGAGAUGCUGCAGGUGCUGAAGGAGAAAAUGAGAUUGGAGGGGCAGCUGGAGUCUCUCUCCUCAGAGGCCAGCCAGGCUCUGAAGGAGAAGACGGAGCUCCAGGCUCAGUUAGCGGCGGUCAACGCUCAGCUGCAGGCUCAGACUGAAGAGGCUCGGGUCAGCGUGGAGCGCCAGAGCUCUCUGGCCUCGGAGGUGUCCACUCUACGGGCCGACUGCUCCACGCUGGAGCGCGCCAUGACCGACCUGCAGACCCAGCUGGAGGACAAGAACGCCAGCCUCACGUCGCUAGGCAACGACCUGCAGGUCGCUGAGGAGCAGUACCAGAGGUUGAUGGGAAGGGUGGAGGAGAUGCAGCAGAGCAUGACCUCCAAAGACAGCACAGUGAGUGAUCUGCGACAGCAGCUGAGCAGCCUGCAGGCCCAGCUGCAGCAGGUCCAGUCGGAGCGCAGCGCCCUCCACAGCCGCCUGCAGACGUCGCAGGCGGAGGUGCAGUCCCUGCAGCAGCUGCGCAGCUGGUACCAACAGCAGCUGGCCCUCGCCCAGGAGGCCCGCGUCCGUCUGCAGACUCAGAUGGCCAACAUGCAGGCGGGUCAGAUGACUCAGAUCGGCGUGCUGGAGAAUCUGAAGAUGGAGAACGUCAGUCUGUCUCAUCAGCUCUCCGAGACUAAACACCGCUCCAUUAAAGAGAAGGAGCGGAUCGCCGUCCAGCUGCAGAGCAUAGAGGCGGACAUGCUGACGCAGGAAGCGGCAAUCCAGCAGAUACAUGACGCAAAGUCGAUGGUGGAGGAAGAUCUCCAGCACAAACUGGAGGAGUUUGAGGAGGAGCGAGAGCAGCUGCUGAAAAUGGCCAACUCGGCUACGACGCUGGAGAGAGAGCUGGAGCAGGUUAAGGUGGCUCUCUCUCAGAAGGACGCCCAGCUGGCCUCAUUCCAGCGUGAGCACGUGGAGCUGAUGAAGCAGCUGACGGCCGCUCAGGAGAGCCUGCAGGGUAAGGAUCAGGCGCUGCAGCUGCUGGAGGCUCGGUAUGCCGAGCUGGAGGCGCAGCUGCAGGAGCUGCAGGCCGACUCGUCCACGCGGGACGACGAGCUGCACUUCCUGCGCAAUGAGAAAAUCGUCCUGGAGGUGGCGCUGCAGGCGGCGCGGGUCGAGAAGAGCCAGCUGGACGACGGUGCGGAGCGGCUCGGGGAGGAUGUGCUGGCGGCCGCGGAUACGCUGGACCAGCUCAGGCAGGAGGUGCAGGUGAAGGCCACACAGAUUGAGUCCUUACAGCAGGAGAACGUCUCCCUGAAGAAACAGGCGCAGAAACUGAAGGAGCAGUUCACGCAGCAGAAGGUGAUGGUGGAGGCCUACAGGCGUGACGCCAGCUCCAAAGAGCAGCUGAUCUCGGAGCUGAAGGCAUCUAAGAAGCGUCUGGCUGUGGAGGUGAAGGAGCUGAAGGAGGAGGUGCUGAAGCUGCAGGGAGAGAAGGCCAGCGGAGAGCAGGAGCAGCAGCGCCUCCUGCAGGAGGUGCAGAGAGUACAGCACCAAAUGAGCAGCCUGGAGCAGCAUCUACAGACCGUACAGACGGAGAGAGAUCAGCUGGACACACAGCUGCAGUCUCUUCAGCUCGAUCACAGUCAGCUGAACGCUGUGACGGAGGAGAACGAGGCGCUGAAGAAGAAGCUGGAGCAGAUGCAGGAGGACGCCAAAAAGGCGAUCUCGGAGCAGAAGGUGAGGAUGAAGAGGCUGGGCACGGAUCUGACGAGCGCUCAGAAGGAGAUGAAGGCCAAGCACAAGGCGUACGAGAACGCAGUGGGCAUUCUGAGCCGCCGCCUGCAGGAGGCGCUCACCGAGAAAGAAACGGCCGAGGCAGAGCUGGUCAAACUCCGAGCUCAGGUGGACGAAGGGGGAAACAAUCAGGCUCUGCAGGUGAAACUGGAGGCCCUGCAGGCGGAGCUGAAGGCUGUUCUUCACAGUAAAGCCCUGCUGGAGAAGGAGCUGCAGGAGGUCAUCAGUCUGACCAGCGCUGAGCUGGAGGAGUACCAGGAGAAAGUGCUGGAGCUCGAGGACGAGCUCCAGGAGUCGCGCUGUUUUAAGAAGCGGAUUCGCCGUCUGGAGGAGGCGAAUAAGAAGCUGGCGCUGGAGCUGGAGCACGAGAAAGGGAAGCUGGCUGGACUGGGACAAUCCCACAGUGCACUGCGGGAGCACGCCAACAUCCUGGAGACGGCUCUGGCCAAGAGGGAGGCGGACCUGGUCCAGCUCAACCUGCAGGUCCAGGCUGUGUUGAAGAGGAAGGAGGAGGAAGACCAGCAGAUGAGGCAGCUGGUUCAGACGCUGCAGACGGCUCUGGAGAAGGAGAGGAUUAAAGUGAAAGAUCUCACAGAGCAGGUUGCGGAGGCGAAGCUGGAGGCGGGUCAUAACCGCAGGCAUUACCGAGCAGCAGUGCUGGAGCUCAGUGACCUCAGGAAGGACCUGCAGGCCAAAGAGGAGCUGCUGAAAAGCCUGCAGGAGCAGGCCAAGACACUGGAAGCUCAGGAUGCCCAGCGCUCUCAGGAAGUGUCCCGGUUCCAGACGGAGCUCACGGAGGCACACGCACAGCUGCAGAUCCUCCAGAAACAGCUGGACGAUGAGCUCAACAAACAGCCGCUCACUAACCAGGAGGUGGAGGAUCUGAAGUGGGAAGUUGAACAGAAGCAGCGUGAAAUCGAGGCACAGCGCCACCAGCUGGAGCUUUCAGAGCAGAGCAGCCAGAGAGAGCUGGACAGUGUGCAGGACACACUGCAGCGGGUGCGCGUGGAGCUGGAGCUGGUCCAGGAGGAGCUGAACAGCACCAAGAAGGAUAAGUUUGUCCUGCAGGCUAAAGUGGCCGAGCUGAGGAGCAGCAUGAAGACGCUGCUGCAGCAGAACACGCAGCUCAAACAGGACCUCAAACACUCGCGCACCAGGAAGCGGAUGGAUGCAAAAGGUGACUCGACUCCAGUGACCCCUGUGAAAAUUCCGGAUUGUCCUGUUCCUGCAUCCUUAUUGGAUGAGCUGCUGAAACCCUCGGCUUCCGUCAACAAAGAACCGCUCAAUAACCUGCACAAUUGCUUACGGCAGCUGAAACAGGAAAUGGACAGUCUUCAGAAGCAGAUGGAGGAGCACACCGUUACUGUGGCGUCGUUGGCCAGUGCGGAGGACGAGCUAAACAAACUGGGGAUCCAUGAAAACUGCCCCAGACGACUGUCCAAAGAGGAGGAGUCAGAGACGCCCCAAGAGAUGGAACAGGCUUCUUAAAAUAAAAAUAACAAAAAGAACAUACAGCAGCGAAUGAUCCCUCUAAACCUCCAUCUGUCCGUCUGCCUCCGGGAGAAAAUUGCUUUUAUCAUAACGGGCACUUUUAAAAUGCUUUUCUUUGUUUUUUUUUUUCUUGGGCCAAUAUUUGGUCGUGUCCCGUCUUGAGACAGAACGUUUGGGUUACCUAUGGUGUUUCCUUGUUCCGCAGCUUUAUUCAUUUUGCUAUUUUUAUUGUCUCUUCGUUGCUGAUGUCAUCUGUCGUUGUUUAUUUAUUUCCAGUUUAGUCAGAGCUCUGGGAAAAAGGUUUGUUUAUUCUCUGCUGAGGUCAUGAAAGCCGGACCGUUUCUCAGUAGAACUUGCCAAAUUUCUUCACUCGUAACUGAUUUACACUCAGUGUUGUCAUUUUCUUCCUGGUCUGGUCAGCAGUUGAAGCCAUAGUUGGGCCAAAAAAUCUCGUUUGUUCAGCCCCUCAAAUCCCUCAUUGGAGGUGGGCCAAGACGUGUCUGAAGUUUGCUUCUUUUAGCACUGGAGCUACGAAGCUAAUGUGGCUUAGAGGUAGUGGAGGCUGCGCCAGUAAUUAGCUUCAUGCAUGCAUUUGCCUCAAACUGUAUUAAGAUGUUAGGUAAUAUAAAGUACAUGCUUACCGUCACUGUCUCCAAACAGGUAACUUUAAAGGAGAAGGAUAGAACCUUCUGAACUUUAAAUGGAAGUCAAAGGAACCAGAGGUUCUCACCCAGCUGUCGUUUUCUUAUUAUGUAUAGAAGAAAAAUGACAACAGCGGAGAUCUGAGGAUGGAUGAUGUAUGAUGAUGAAUGUUGUCCAUAAACAUGGACAGAAGCACAUGCCUUACUUUUUACAGCUACGUUAGCCUCGUAGCUCCCUUGCUAUGACCUACAGAAGCAAACUUCAGACACCAAACACGUCUUGGCUGAUCAGCUGCAUCUGGGAGCGUUAGAUUCUUUGGCCAGACUAUUGUUUUAAAAUGGUCUUCAGUGUUUGGAAAGUGAGUUUAAGCUACAUAUCGGCUGCGGAACCUGUGGAUCGUUUUUUUCCGCUGUAGCGUUUUGGCACCAACACAGUUCUGCUCAGUGAAAACUUUUUCCCAUCCCUCAGUGCCUGUUCAGCUACUUGAUCCACUUUGCUGUUUCUAAUCCGCGAUCAGUUCGUUCUUCUUUAUUUGGGAAGCUUAGCAUUGAUCUUUCUAGGCUUCACCCACAGCUUUCGUAUCUACUGUUAUAAAGUUGGGCAAGAUUUUCAGCGGUAAAAAUGGCCUUCAGCCUAAAGAGAUCCAGCAGUGUAGCCACAUCUGUGCAGGGUUGAGUGUCCAGUUUAAAACGCUGUGCCGCUGAGCUGGAUUGUGGUAUAUAAUUAAAACCGGGCUGGUUGUGAAGGACGGAGUUAGCCACCAUGCUAACGUUAGCUUAAUAACGCGCCAAAAUAAAAAAACUACACCUGAUCUGUCCUGACGAGCUUGUUCAACCCCACAGCAGCAGCUAUGAAAGAGCUCAUCUGUGGACGGAGUCUGGAAUGGUCAGUUCUAUCUAGACCAGGGCUCUACGAUCAGUUUCUCAGUAGCCCAACUAAGGCCUGAGCAGCUUUUCUCUACGAGACAGAUGAACAGCAUUUUUCAAGAAAUCGUACUAAAGUGCUGUAAACUGAAAUGUUCCACAUGCUACUUUUCGUCAUACAUGUUUUUCUCCCGAGUGUCACAGGUUUCUCUGAAUUACGAGGCCGCUGAGGAGCCGAAAUAGGAUUAUUGAUACGUACAUGCUAACCACCACCAUGGCUGACCGCACUAAAAUAGCCCAAACAAAGCAGCACUGCUCUGUCCAGUGUGGUGGUUUGGAGGCUUUGGGAGUGGCUGAUGUUGGUGUAUAACGGAGCUGAAGUUUAAUAGCAGAACGACGUUCGUGCCGCAUCGUUUCUGUUAGCUUGCUAUUAGCCUCUACGUAGCAUUACUUGCAUUUUGACUGCUAAACAACCUCGUGAUUUCAGAGAAUUCCACACGACAGGGUGCAUCUGCAUUUUAGUUUUCCUCCGAGUGCGAGUUUUCGAGAAAACGUACGUUUUUCCCCACAGAGAAAACCUGCUUAGACCCAGAGUUGCUAAUACAGCGUACAGCUAACGCAUGAUGGGGCGACUCGGGCAGGGAGGCUCUAAACUGCAUCGACUCCGUUUGAAACAAGAUUUCGGCCAGAAACGUAAAGAAUAAAUGGGAUGUGCGCAGACGACUCCGUCUGUAAUCAGUCAGCGGAGGCACGUCUGGAGUUAGCGCGUUUAUUUUUAGGGCUGGAGCUAUGAGGCUAACGUAGCUGACCUGUAGCGACGGCGGUUCACGCUGAGCGUUGUGUGCGUUCUUUAGUGAUUUCUAACAGACCUGAGAGCGAUUUCUGACACCGCGUGAGCCGCUAUCGACUACAGUGUGGACGAAAUAAGCCCUCAAGCUGCCCGCUGCAGUUUUUAGCUGUGCUAACGUACUUUUAUCCAUAUUUGUAGAUGGUAGUGCGUCUCAUGUUGUUAGAAACCACUUGGGCGAGUGUGUUAGAGAUUAGUGAGCAAGUUGAUCUGUUUGAGGUGAGUGUGUCGUAUGCGUUGAUUUAGGCGUACAGUUAGCACCAUGCUAACCUAGCGCUUGCUAGCUUCUGCUACUGGGCUAGAUUAGCCCCGUAGCUUCAGUGCUAAGCUAACAGAGCAAACUUCAGACACGUGCCACCGACUUCGUUUGAGGCGGUGGGGAAGUUUGAGAGGGAAAAGCAGCCGGAGAAUCAGCUUCUCUCCGUGUGGCGUUCAUGUUGUGUUUGUUAGCGGCCGCUAAAGCUGUGGCUCCUGUUUGAUGAGGGACCCUGUCUUUUCUGUUUUAGGGCUGAGCCUGUAUGGUUUCCCAUAUAGGGACUUCUUUCGAAGCCGUUAGAGAUAUAAAUAUAUAUGAAUUCAGUAAAGCUAACGCUUCUAACAGCGAGUGAAGGCAUGGUGGCGCUAGCCUCUGUUCUUUGUCAGCACCGUUAGCCUGUGUGCCUGGGCUGUUUGGAUGGAGUGGUGAGGGGUUUCUGUGGGGAAGUGUGUGAAAGUGUGUGUUUGGAACAUGUUCGCUGCUGAGUGUAAUAUAUUUAUAAUAUAUAUGAGACGUAUUUGAAUGAUGUUGCACAACUGACGAGAGGAGAAUUAACCGAGAGAGGAAGAUGUAAAAUAUUGUUGCUAACUUUUUUUGGGAACGAGUUUCUGACGAAGCCUUUUUUUUUUUUUUCUUUCUUUCUUGCUUUUAUGUUUCUGAGGAGGUUUGAGCGUUCCGAGUUGUUGAAUCUUUCGCAGCCUUAUCACGUGGUGCGCUCAGUAUACAUAUUUACUGUACAUUAAAUGCGGUUUUCCCCCACAGAAGUUGCCCUUUAGCCGUUCGAGCUAAAGGCCCUGUCCUGGAUUCUGAGUUAAAGGUGGACUCCAUCAUUUUUCAACCUAACCUCCAUCUGGCGCGUCUGUAGGACACGGUCGAUUACCACAGACAACGGCUCCGACGCGCUUCCCCGUUCUUAGAAAAUGACAGAAAAACGACGACUCCUCACACGUUUGUAAUAGAAGUCAAUGGGCAGUCGCUUCCGAGUGCUACAGACGCAGCAGAUUGAGAUGAUGUCAGAAGUAUUGAUGAUAAUUUCUCUGAUUUCAUUUAUAAGCCUGUACACUAUUGUCAAGAAGUGAGCUUUAAAACCCAACGUGUACUUCCGUUCAAAGGGAUGAUGCUAACGGCACCCAAGUCCAGUCCUAAAAAGCCAUAGCACUGAACGGUGGAGUGCGUUCCACCUCCAGCACAGCUCAUUAGCUAAUUACCAGGCCUUAUUGAGCUGCAUCAGGUGCGUUCAAUUAGGGAAAAGGCCCUAAACUGUGCCGUGGCCCUGUCGGACUGUAGUGCUGACACCGAUGUCAGAAAAGGGACUAAACUGCUCUUCUUCAUCACCGUUUUGGGUUCAUUUUGCUCAUUUUCAGUAAAUAGUAAUCCUCGGCCUACUCAAUACUGUUAUUGUUUGUGCUGCAGUUGCAGUUGCGUUGCUAACGAACGAGUGCAAAUGAAUUGUGUCCUGUACGCAUCGCCUCUGGUCUGCUGCUCAACACCUUUCUUUUUUUCUGCAUUUAAAAAAAACAACUCAUAAAACUUCAUUACAGCAAA